UGCACUUUCUAGUAUUACAUAUGUGGGUUGUAUUUACUGUUGUUUUCACUGUGUUUUUAUGUAAAAUUAACGGUAAAUGGGAAUACUAUUAAUGACAAUACGAUUAACCAUGUCAUUAUUGAUGGAUGGGAUUGCAUAUAAUGUAGCAAAAACAGUUAUAAACAUAAACAUUUUGAAACAGAUAGAAGAUGACCUUGAAAUAGAUGAGAAGAUUUCUAUAUUAUUCAUGAUAUUCGAUUAUGCAAGUGGAUUUAACAAUAUUUUUGAACUUUUUAAAAUAAAUACAAAAAAUGCGUACAUAAUUGUAGACUAUGUAAAAAAUAACCCAGAAAAUUGGGAAGAAAAAGUCUUAGAAGCGUUAUGUAUUUUGAAUAAUCGACAAGUGCUAAAGAAGCUAGGAAUAUCAUUCAGUGUUCUAGAUUUACAGUAUGUUCCAAAGCUCACAUCAUAUUCAAAAAGUAUAAAUGUAAUUGCAAAGUGUUUAUAUAAAUUAUGUGAAUCCUUAAAUGAAAGUGAACAAAAAUUAUUAUUGAACUAUGUCAAAUCUGAAAUCCAUAAUUAUGAACCAUUAUUGGACAAUGUAGAUUAUCUUGAAUUACAUAUGCUUUAUUGGAUACAAAUUGGAUAUAUAACAAUUUCAAAAGAUAAAAUGCAUAAUAUGAAAAAAUUAUUAAAACAUUUGAAAAAAUUUGAAGAUGGCCAUAUAAAAAUAAUUUGUAUGGAAAUGGAAAAAUUUGAGAAUGGUCUACAUGUUGUUGAUAACUGUAAAACUUUUGGAACAAAUAAUGAAAAUUACUUACAAUCAACUCCUUCAGAAGAAUCGUCUUUUAUCAAAAGGCAUUACAGAAAAAAAAUACAGUUAAUUAACAGUGGAUUGUGUAUUAUCAUAAAUCAGAUGUAUUUUAUGAAGGAGUAUGAAACACGAUUUGGAACAAGAGCAGAUUGUAUUAAUUUAUCUGAAACAUUUAAAACCUUUGGGUUCAGAGUCGAGAUAUUUCAAAAUCUAAAGAAAAAUGAAAUAUUAGAGAAAAUAAAAAACAUUUCGAAAGACUAUGGUAUUAAGUAUGAUUGUUUAUUUCUCUGUAUUCUAAGUCAUGGAUACAAAGGAGGCAUAAUUGCAUCAGAUGAGGAAGAAGUUUCUCUGGAAACAAUAGAAAGGGCUCUUUGUUGUUUGGAAUUGAAAGAUGUUAUAAAAAUUGUUAUUAUUCAAGCUUGUCAAGGAAAAAUAUGUGGAACUGUAAGCAAUUCCUUGACAACAGAUGGUUUAUAUGAUUCUUUUACACCCACAGAAGAUAUACGCCAAUUUGCGAACUUUUUUAUGUUUAUGUCGACAAUACAAGGUUUUCUAUCAAUACGUCAUCAAAAACAAGGGUCAUGGUUCAUACAAGAAGUUUGUAGAAUUUUCAAAACUUAUGGGAAUCAAUUAAGUUUUUAUGAUUGUGUCAGAGAAAUAAUGAAAUCUAUUCGAGAAAAAAAAGGAACAAUAGAUGGGAAUCAGAUUGCACAAUUAACAGAAAUACGACUGGAUCGUUUGGAAUCAGAUUUUCAAUUAAAGCAAAUUGACUCUGCAGUUUAACUAGAGAGAGAGAGAGAGAGAGAGAA